GCGGAAAAACAAACACGCCAUGUGACCAGUUACUAACAGCGUGCUGUUGGUGAUACCAGAGAAACGGGCUCUGGUAAUACAUAGUUUGAAAGUCAAAUACCUAGGUUAUAAGCUCUAGGAAAGUGUACGCGUUCACAUGCGUACUAUAGCUAUGUAUUCAUGCCACAGUGACGGCUGAUGGCGCGGCGGAGCGGGAGGAGAGCGAGGAGGAAGAGAAGGAAACGAGAGGGAGUAGCAGCUGUCCAGUCAGUGACGUUGUCUCAUGAGCCUCCGUUUGUGUGUCUGAGGAGGUGGCUGCAGAAGCGAGGCUUCAGCUCACGACUGCUGCUCCCAGCACACUUCUCAGAUACUGGAAGAGGUCUUCUCAGCCUGACAGCUCUCCAGCCAGGUGAACUACUCAUCUCCUUACCGGAGUCUUGUCUACUGACCACAUCUACCGUUCUAAAAAGCUACCUGGGGCAGUACAUCAAGAGGUGGCAGCCUCGAGUGUCUCCUCUGCUGGCCCUGUGUACCUUCCUCAUAUGUGAGAGACACCUGGGAGAAGAUGCCGAUUGGAUACCCUACAUAAAAGUCCUACCCACUUCCUACACAUGUCCCGCCUACUUCUCUGAUGAGGUCAUCAGCCUUCUGCCGAGUGGAGUAAGGGAGCGGGCCCUACAGCAGAGACAGGAAGUCCAGGAGCUCCAUGCCUCCUCAUUGGCCUUCUUCAGGUCCUUGCUGCCCCUCCUGGUUGGCUGUGUGGAGGAGGUGUUCUCUCUGGAGGCUGUGCUCUGGGCCUGGUGUAGCGUCAACACCCGUACCGUCUACAAGAAGCAUCCUUACAACCACUCCCUGUCCAGACAGGAAGAUGUCUAUGCCUUGGCGCCAUACCUAGACCUCCUCAACCACCGCCCUGACACACAGGUGCAAGCGUGUUUCAACGAGGUGUCCAGAUGUUAUGAGGUACACAGCCUUCAAGGCUGCCACAAGUUCCAACAGGCCUUCAUAUGCUACGGUCCCCAUGACAACCAGCGCCUGCUGCUGGAGUAUGGCUUUGUCGCCCCCGACAACCCCCAUGGAGUGGUUUACGUGGAGGAAGGUGGGAGAAGAAGGUCACCAAGCAACAUCACUUAUCCUGGGUUACUCUCAAACAACCCUCAGCUUAUUCCCUCUACUUUGUGUGUAUCCUGGUUUGUAUUACGGUGUGUAUGUGUGUUUGCGUGUGUCUAUGUGUGUAUUCCAGGGCUCCUGCAAAAGUGUGUUUGUGCUGAAGGCAGAGGCCAGCUGGAACAGAAGUUGCUCUUCCUCAAACAACAUGACUUACUACAAAAUCUGACCUUUGGCGUUGACGGGCCGUCCUGGAGACUAAUGACUGUUCUAAGACUACUGUCACUGAGACCCGAACACUACCCCCAGUGGAAGAGCGUCCUGCAGGGGGCAGCAGUGAGUGAGGAAACGGAGCAGCUGAGCGUCCUCAUGGCUGCUCACACCUGCCAGCUGCUGCUGCAGGACACCGCCACCAUUCUGGACCAGAUCUCCAGGCUGAGAGAGCAGUGUGACCGGGUUCUGAGGGAGCAGUUGGAGGUGGUGGCUCAAUUACGUCAAGAGGAGCAAGGCAUUCUGGGUAGUUCCUUAGAUGUGUUGCGGAGGCUCCAGGCGCACAGCCAGGCUGAGUGAAGCAAAUAGAUGUCUCUGAUAGGUCAACAUCAUCGCUAAUCACAAGUGUCCUCUCCAUGCACCUGAAAAACAUGGGUCUUAUGAACAACUAUGAACUCCUUGAUCGGGGCUGAUUGCAGUGCCUGCUUCCUUCAGACUGUGUGGGUACAGAUCUCAGAUCUGGCCUGGGCUUGCUUUUACACCAGGCAGCUGAACAAACAGACACCACACAUUUUAUAUAAACAAGGAAAAACUUUAUUAGCCUUUAUUAGGUGGCUGUUGCUGUCAAUCAAAAGAUAGAUGUUGGCUGAUGUGGAUGUGGGGAGAAAUGACAGUUGAGGGAAUACUAAAACACAACCAGGAAGUGGCUGGCCCCCAGAGGACUGAUGGGACUUGGAGUCUCAUCACAGGUGAACCACUAGCCUCUUCCUCAUUUGGCCACGCUGAACCAUCUCCAUGGAGACGGUAGCUUCAUACAAAGGCACAGGCUCCUCCAACUGUGGUCUACACAAACAAACAGAGUUUACACAAUGUUGUGUCGCUUACAUCCAGCAUAGGUAGUUUUAUAUGCAACAUGUAUUUUACAAUAAAGUAUUGAAAUCUG